UCCCCGCGCGCGCGCCGGCGCCCCCUGCGCGGCCUCCCGCUCCCGCCUCCCGCCUCCCCUCCUCCUGGUGACGUCCGGGUCCCUGCCCGUCUGAAAACUCCGCGCCGCGGCGGUGGAGGCGGCGGCGGCGGCGGCGGCGGCGGCGGAGGAGGAGCAGCGGCGAGCCGAGGCGGCGGCGGCGGCGGCGGCCCGAGCGGGAGCCCGAGCGGCGGCCGGCGGCCGCGGGAGGCACGGGGAGCGCGGGGGCGGCCCGGAGCCCUGGGGUCCCCGCGCCCCGCUCGCCCGCCGCGCUCCGAAGAUGGUGGCGGCGCCGUGCGCCCGGAGGCUGGCCCGGCGGUCGCACUCGGCGCUGCUCGCGGCGCUCACCGUGCUGCUGCUGCAGACGCUGGUCGUGUGGAAUUUCAGCAGCCUCGACUCCGGGGCCGGCGAGCGCCUCGGGGGCGCAGCGGCCGGCGGCGCCGAGCAGCCGCCCCCGGCCCCGGCCCCGCGCCGCGAACGCCGGGACCUGCCCGCCGAGCCGGCUGCAGCCCGAGGAGGAGGCGGUGGCGGCGGCCGCGGAGGACGGGGGCCCCCGGCGCGGGCGCGGGCAGGCGGCGCCGGAGAACCCCGGGCGCAGCAGCUGGCCAGUCGAGGGGCGCUGCCCCCGCGGGCGCUGGACCCACACCCAAGUCCGCUGAUCACCCUGGAGACCCAGGACGGCUACUUCUCUCACCGGCCCAAAGAGAAAGUGCGGACAGACAGCAACAACGAGAACUCGGUCCCCAAAGAUUUUGAGAACGUGGACAACAGCAACUUCGCCCCGAGGACUCAGAAGCAGAAGCACCAGCCUGAGCUGGCGAAGAGGCCCCUGAGCAGGCAGAAGGAGCUUUUGAAAAGGAAGCUGGAGCAGGAGAAGGGGAAGGGGCACUCCUUCCCGGGCAAAGGCGCCAACGAGGUGCUGCCGCCCGGAGGCGAGAGAGCCGCAGGGAACAGCAGCCAUGGGAAGGAGGCCCCCCGACAGCCCCACGCCAGGAAAAGCGGGGGCAGCUCCCCGGAGAUCAAGUAUGACCAGCCCCCCAAGUGCGACAUCUCGGGCAAGGAGGCCAUCUCCGCCCUGUCCCGCUCCAAGUCCAAGCACUGCCGCCAGGAGAUCGGGGAGACCUACUGCCGCCACAAGCUGGGGCUGCUGAUGCCGGAGAAGGUGACUCGCUUCUGCCCGCUGGAAGGCAAAGCCAACAAGAACGUCCAGUGGGACGAGGACUCCGUGGAGUAUAUGCUGGCCAACCCGGUCCGGAUCGCUUUCGUCCUGGUGGUGCACGGCCGUGCCUCCCGGCAGCUGCAGCGCAUGUUCAAGGCCAUCUACCACAAAGACCACUUCUACUACAUCCACGUGGACAAGCGCUCCAACUACCUGCACCGCCAAGUGCUCCAGUUCGCCCGGCAGUACAGCAACGUCCGCGUCACCCCCUGGCGGAUGGCCACCAUCUGGGGCGGCGCCAGCCUCCUGGCCACGUACCUGCAGAGCAUGCGGGACCUGCUGGAGAUGACCGACUGGCCCUGGGACUUCUUCAUCAACCUCAGCGCAGCCGACUACCCCAUCAGGACAAAUGACCAGCUGGUGGCAUUUCUCUCCCGAUACCGAGAUAUGAAUUUCUUGAAGUCACACGGCCGGGACAAUGCAAGGUUCAUCCGGAAACAGGGCCUGGACAGACUCUUCCUGGAGUGUGACGCCCACAUGUGGCGCCUGGGGGACCGGCGGAUCCCAGAGGGCAUUGCCGUGGAUGGCGGCUCCGAUUGGUUCCUGCUGAACCGCAAGUUUGUGGACUAUGUGACGUUCUCCACAGACGAUCUGGUGACUAAAAUGAAGCAAUUCUACUCCUACACCCUGCUUCCUGCCGAGUCCUUCUUCCACACGGUCCUGGAGAACAGCCCCCACUGCGACUCCAUGGUGGACAACAACCUGCGCAUCACCAACUGGAACCGCAAGCUGGGCUGCAAGUGCCAGUACAAGCACAUCGUGGACUGGUGCGGCUGCUCCCCCAACGACUUCAAGCCGCAGGACUUCCACCGCUUCCAGCAGACAGCCCGGCCCACCUUCUUUGCCCGAAAGUUCGAAGCCGUGGUGAAUCAGGAGAUCAUCGGGCAGCUGGACUAUUACCUGUACGGGAACUACCCCGCAGGCACCCCUGGGCUCCGCUCCUACUGGGAGAACGUGUAUGAUGAGCCUGAUGGCAUCCACAGCCUCAGCGACGUGACGCUCACCUUGUACCACUCCUUCGCCCGCCUGGGCCUCCGUAGGGCUGAGACGUCACUGCACACUGAUGGGGAGAACAGCUGCAGGUACUAUCCCAUGGGCCACCCAGCGUCUGUCCACCUCUACUUCCUUGCUGACCGCUUCCAGGGCUUUGUGAUCAAGCAUCACGCUACCAAUCUGGCCGUGAGCAAACUCGAGACGCUGGAGACGUGGGUGAUGCCGAAGAAAGUCUUCAAGAUCGCAAGCCCACCCAGCGACUUUGGGAGGCUCCAGUUUUCCGAGGUCGGCACUGACUGGGAUGCCAAGGAGCGGCUCUUCCGCAACUUUGGGGGUCUCCUGGGGCCCAUGGACGAGCCGGUAGGCAUGCAGAAGUGGGGGAAGGGCCCCAAUGUGACCGUGACCGUCAUCUGGGUGGAUCCCAUCAACGUCAUCGCAGCCACCUACGACAUCCUGAUUGAGUCCACGGCCGAAUUCACCCACUACAAGCCCCCUUUGAACUUGCCCCUGCGGCCUGGGGUCUGGACAGUGAAAAUUCUCCACCACUGGGUGCCAGUCGCAGAGACCAAAUUCCUCGUCGCACCGCUGACCUUCUCUAACAGGCAGCCCAUCAAACCGGAGGAGGCGCUAAAGCUGCACAACGGACCCCCCCGUGGCGCCUACAUGGAGCAGAGCUUCCAGAGCCUGAACCCCGUCCUCAGCCUGCCCGUCAGCCCGGCCCAGGUGGAGCAGGCUCGGAGGAACGCGGCCUUCACCGGCGCCGCGCUGGAGCGCUGGCUGGACUCGCUGGUGGGCGGCAUGUGGACCGCCAUGGACAUCUGCGCCACAGGCCCCACCGCCUGCCCAGUCAUGCAGACCUGCAGCCAGACGGCCUGGAGUUCCUUCAGCCCGGACCCCAAGUCGGAGCUGGGGGCAGUCAAACCCGAUGGCCGGCUCAGGUAGCACUGGGCGUGGGUGGGCCGCAGCGGAUGUCAAAGGGAACACAGCCAGAGGGCCUCCCCCCCCCGCCCCCGGGGGUGCCUUUUGUGGGCGGGGCCUCCUGGCCAUAGAAUGACGGAGAAGGAAGGUUUGAGGCCAAAGCAGGGUCUGCCGACGACGACGGCCUGCAUUCGGCCGGCUGGCUCCUGGGGUGUGGUCUUACCUCUCCCGCGGGUCCUCGAGCCCCACAGGGUCCUUGUCUUCCCCUCCAGUGACCAAGCCCCCAGACGCGUGAUUCUCAGACUUUUCCUUUGAGCAGCAGAACUUUGUUUACGAAGCGCAGUGGUGGGUGGAGUUCCAGGUGCAAGUGAAAUCCAGGCUGCUCUGGGCGAAGCUAGGGAGAGGGGGUUCUUCCUCAACGCUCGGCCCACCGGGCGGUCCCUUCGCCAAGGGCAUCUCCUAAGGUACCUCUAAAGAACCCAAGGGCUCUGCAAAACCCAGUUUGAAAAGCACUGCCCAGACGGUGGGUUUGAUCGCCAGCCCCACCCUUCGGCUCCUCUUCCUGCUCCUCUGGCCCAGGAAACCCUGUGCCAGUGCUGAAAUGACAGGUCACUGAAACCAUGCUCACGGGCCCUCCCCAGGGAGGCCGCAGGCCCAGGACGGCUCCAGGCCCCCCACCAGCCCUUCUUAGUCACUACACGAGCAGGGAAGCUGUGGUGUGACAUGGCCAGGUCCAGCAAGGUGUGACUGCCAACUGUCCUGGGUUCCAUGCCCCCUCCCUCGAGGGGAAAAUGGGCUGAUGAACAGCACGUCUCCAGCCAUUCAUGGGCCAGGAGACCAUGACCUUGUUGAUCCUUGACAGUGGGAACACUAGGGCCCAUGGCCGUGAAACUCCUACAGAUGGUUUGGAGCAAAACUCCUGAGCUAGACAGCAUAGCAAUAUCCGUCCCCAGCCUGAGCCUUUCCAUUCUGAGGUCAGCCCCUGCCCGCCCCCCCUCCCCGCCCCCAAAACCUUUGGGAAUCGCACAGUCAGUGCUGUUGGGAGUGACCAAACCAGACUUUCCACGUCCAGGAAAAAGCAUUUCCGAUUCGGUUUUUAAAUCCAUGCCCUUCUUUGUCCCCGGCGACAUGCUGUGUAAACAUGGGACGCUUGAGUGUCUGCUUGUUUAAAACCUAAACAAUAAUAUUAUUCCAACGGCCUGAGCUCACAGACGCCUGGAGGGUUUCCUUGCCAUGUGCCCCGUGGAGGGUCCCCUGCUCCUCUGAGAGGCCCUCGCAGGAGGCUAGCUUCCUCCUCUGACCCCACCUCCCCCAGAGGACAGGGUUCCCUUGGACAAGUCCCACCCCUGGCUGCAAACUGCCCUUCCUGGGGAGCCAGUUCCUGGUGUGACCCCCAGUGUGACUAUGAAGGUACUGCAGUUCGCUCUGAUGACCUUUCAGCUGUUGCGCCCCCCCCAACCACCCAUCCCCCACCCAGCAAGGCAGGAUGUCCUAUGGGCAAUGGAGGGUCUAGAGAAAGGACACUUUAGAUAUUUAUUAUUUAUAUGUUUUAGUCAAUGACUAAUGAGUAGGUGCUGUUUUUGCAGCUUGUCAAUUAUGUUAUCUUACUAACUGAAGCUGCCUUUAUUCACAAAAGGCGCCCCAGCCCUCCCCCUCCCUGUACUUCCCUCCGCAUCUCCUAGUGUCUCUGUUUCUAUGCGUGUGUGAGUGAGCGUGCGUGUCUGCCCUCCAUUCUCCGUGUCCUCAGCAGGGGUGUUGGACAGCAUGAGGUGAGCGCUUCGUCGAGCAUCAUGCACUGGCUGAAAGGGGUGACCUUGGGGACGUUGGAGCCUCACUUUUCCUUAUGCAGGGUGUUAGCUUCAUGUAGCCCCCCUCCCGUUUCUGGGGGAGUUGGAAUUCCUGAGCCAUCCCCACUCCCGCCCCAGGCACAGCACAGGCCGAGCGCCUCUGGUGGGAGAGUGUGCCGACCACAGAGGUGCUCCUGACUCACCUGCUUCCUCCUGACUCUCCUCCCUCGGCCAGUCUGACCACGCGCUUCCAUGUAACAUGACAGACGCACAGGGAAACGGCUGCUCCGAGCCUGGGAGGAAAAGACAUCCAUGUCAGGAAGAGGGUAGGUGGUUGGAUGGCGCCAGGAGUGGCCACUGUCAACAGUGGUCCUCGGCACCUCAGAGUGGCUUUCUCAGAAAGCCCCUGUAAUCUCUCAAUGCACUUACAAGCUGUGGGAGGCCUGCGCCACAUCCUCUCUCUGCCCCCAGCUUCUGCCUCUGGCCAGUGUCCCUACACCUGUCCGAGCUGCGCAGGGAGCCUCCCUCCUCCCUCCUCCCCAGGCCACGGGGACCUGGGUGUUUCCCAGUGUCCUUUGCAGUGGCUGCGACGGUGCAGCCCUGGCAGGUCCCUGUGCGGACUGUGUGCCCGCAGGCUCCUGCACCUGCUGACGUGGCUGCCUCUUGUUCCCGCCCUGAAACAGGUGGGCCAGAGCUGGCUUAUUCUGGGGACACCCACACCCCAUCCCUGUCCUCGGCUUCAGUCACCUCUCCCUGCAGUGAAUUCUGGGACACUGAAGUCAUCUGGCUGUUUCUUAAUGUCUUUUGUUUCUGGACAGAGAAUAAUUUUGCAGAUGUUACAUUUGGGGAAAAAAGGGAGAGAGAGAGAGAAUUCCAAACAAAACCCAGGAUGAUUUGAGAAAAAGUGGUCUUUUCCAGGGAAAAUGGCUUAACUCAUUCUUUAAUCUGCCUGCGCAUGGUUUAUGGGCCAGGCAGCCUUCAGCAAGGUGCCCGAGGGCGUCUGUGGAAAGCAUGAGGCAGGUCUCCAGAAGCCCUCUUCAGGCUGCGGCACAGUGGCCGGGGGUCGCCACCGCUGGGUCCCGGGACUGCAGGAGAGCUGGAAGGCGGGACAGGGUCCGCUUGGGGCAGAAGGAAGCAGUCGGUAGGCUGUGGUUUCCCAGCCAGCCCCGCGGCGUGCAGGCCUCCUCCCUCCCCCCUCACCAGGCCGUGAGGACUCGGUGUUUCCCACCGUGUCAUUUGACCGCUGAGGUCCCUAGAACCACUCUCCCUCCGAGUGGCCUGGUGAGGAGGGAGCUAGAGCAUGGGAGACAGAAAGUCCUCCCAAGUCCCACCGCCCAGGCCUUGCACAAAGCACUAUGUCUCAGGACUGGGCCAGGGCUAGGAAAACCGUGAGCAAUUCCCAGGGCCCCCCAUGUUUAACAAAUGCACCCGUUCCUUCCUAUGGAGCAAGGCCUUUCUGCUCAGAUCGGGGUCAUUCUGACUUCAUUUCCCGUUGUUGGCUGAACAUCUGAAAAUGCAAGUGGCCUUGAGAGAGGCUGAGCACGGAAGGCCACACAAGCCCAUGAAAGGUGCAGAUCGCAGCUACUCUGGGCCCAGGCCCGUGUCGUGUGGUCUGUGCUUCCCCCUGGUUCUCUAGUUUCCAGGUUCAAGAAGGUCACAGGCUAGAAGCUGGGUCUCUUUGCCAAGAAGGUGCAGAACAGAGGAGAGCGGUGGCUGCUGGGUGUGGGGUGUGACAAAGACCCCUUUCCCAGCCACGUUCCCUGGGAAUUCAGAACACAAGCUCCCCAGCAGCAUCCAAGGCGGAGACACUGGAAAAGCUGUUGGCAAAGGCCUGCCAGGCACCCUAUGGCCGAGGCCACAGCUAUCCGGGGGGUCCGGGACCCUAGCAGUUGGUGUGACAGUGUAGGGAGUGGCGGGGGCUGCUGGCGGCACAUGGCCCCUCCAAAAAGAGCAGCAGCUCCCCAGCUCCAGCCUGUCGGCGCCUGUGAGAAUGCAGGGGCCGCUCAGCAGAACCUUCCACUUUGGUAAAGGAAGUCAGAAACCCAGACUUCAAUAGGAAAUCUGAUUUUUAAAUGUUGGCCAUUUUCUUUUAACAGAGGAUGGGCACAGAGACAUUCCACAGCUCGGCCCGUGCACCUGGCUCUGCAGAAGUGGGUGAAAGAAAGUCAGGCGUGGCCCCAGGGAGGUGGGGAAAGCCAGCAUUAAGAAAAGGGCAAACAUAGUGGCUCCUGUUGAAUGCUGAAGGGAACAGGAAUCUCUCCCUAAUCAUUCCCUUCCCAAAGACGGUCCCACCAAGGAGGUGUCUGGGAGAACUGGCUCGUCCUGCUCUCCUGAUCCCCACAGUUUGUGCUGAAGGGAAGGAGGGACACCAUCUGGAGACCCCAACGGUUGCCCCUAGACCCGAGGAGACCCACACCUUCCGGAAUGUCACCACGCCCGGGCGGGGGGGUCAGGGACGGGGGCCAGGAAGAGGGGGUGGCGUGGGAAACAGCCCGGCUCUCUCCAAAUCCCAAGUUUUAGCAGCCAGCUUGCCACACGUCUGGAAGCUUCCCAGGAAGCCCUGCUGGAGCUGAGCUCACUCCCAGGAAGUCCUCCCAGCCUCUGCCUCAGUUACCUUACUUUGCCCAUGGGGUCUACCACAGGCGCUACCUCACUGUGUCUGCUGAGAAGUUUACCUGGCGGGGAAUGAAGGUGGCCAGAUCUGCUUGGGCUGAAUGGACAAUCUAUGCAAAUUCUCUGUUUCUCUCUCUUUCUCUCUGAAGUUUUAUUCUUCUUCACCCUGCAAACAAAAUACUGUAUAGACCCCUCUUAAGACUGAGGAGGGCUUUCUGGCGCCACCUGUGUCCGCCCCUCAUGUUGUCUUUGGUUCCGUCCUUGCCCCGCCCCAUGCAGGGAGCACGUGGCCCUCCCCCCCCCCCCCGUCACCCCCCCUCCACUCAGCUGGAGUUCUCUAGCCACCUCUGCCCACCACCACCUCCAUUCCUAAUUCAUCUUCUCCAUUCCAUGCUUUCUUCUGACUUGCGUAUCUUCUCCCCAUCCCCACCCCCAAAAAGCCUUAGGUUCUCCUUUUUGAAAUGUGGCCUUAAAAUUAUUUUUGGAAAGCUGACCGCCCUCUCCCUCCCAUUGCCACCCUCAUCCCAGAAGAAAGAGCCCCUUGAAGCUUUCUUUCUUGGAAAUCUCCUAAGCAAGGGGCAGCCAAUCUGUAGUUUGCAGAUGCUUAGAAGUUGCUAAUAACUGUCAUCUUUAGGAAAACUAUUUGUAAGCGUUUCCCAUGGGUGAAAUGAAGUCUUGGGUGCUCAUCUCCACCUCAGCCAGCUCCUGCAGCUCUCUCUCCCGCCCAGCGCCCUGUGGUGAGCGGGGCUGGCUCCAUUACCCGCUGAGUGCUAAAUCCAGCUUUCCAACCCUCCCCUUCCCAAAGACGCCAUGACUUACCUACUUCAGUCAAGGGUGAAUCAGGAGAGUUUCCCAAUUUAUCUCUUCGUCCUUCCUUCCUGGAAAGAGAUAGCAUUAAAUAUUCCCAGCUGCUGGGUCGUGUUCUCCAAGGGGCAACACUCUCCCUACAUCCAGAGCCCCUCCUCUUCCCUUCCAUCGCUCCAGGGCUGAUGGAGGCCAAAGACAACCCAGGGUUUUCAUAGGAAAUUCACUGGAAUUGCGCGCAAUCGUCUUUGUAGUCCUUCCUUUUUUUUUUUUUAAAUUCUUAAUAUUAUUAUGUUUUCAGUAGCGUUGGGUAUUUUUUUAGAGGCCUCACAAUAAGUUAUUACCGUUCCCCUUCAUUUUUUUCCCCUAAGACAUGUGGUGAUAUAGUUUUUAAAAAUAACUAUUUUGUUAUAGAUCAUAAUAUGCAUAAAACUGUACAGAAAUAUUUUGUAAUGUAUUGAUUUUUUUAAAAAGAGAGAAUCUGUAAAUAGAGUUUUAAAAACAGAGAGAAUUCAAACGGCACACACUGAAAGAUGUAGAUAUUUUGCUAUUUAUUUAAAGGAGUAUUUUAAGAGAUAUUGAACUAUCUGAAAUUGACCAGAAAUCAAAGUUCCAAUCACCCGAAUGCUUGUUCCUCGCGGUAGAAUGUGAUUCUCGGAAACGAUUGCACUACCCACCCAUUUUUGCACCUUUUCUGUCUCUUCAUUUAGCAGAAAAACAACAACGAAAUUGUGCCUUAGCUGUAUUUUUUUGUCUAGGGGAGUUUGUUUCUGUCUGACAAAGCAAAUUUUUUUGCAGAAAACAGUGGAUGUAAUAAAUACUGUACCAUACCAAAAACGCUGCAGGUGUACAUAGAUGCUUUCUGUCAUACCGUGUUUUCAGAUGCAGAAUUUUAAAAUUAAAAAAAAAAAUACUGUCUUU